AUGAGCUGAAGAAGAAGGCAUUCGUGCUGUCAGACGGAAGCAAAAACGGUGAAGAAGUGGAGGUUGUUGAAACUUUUAAAGAAUUUCCUAAGUUCGAUAUUCACCUUGGAUAAUACAGAAUUUAUAGAGUUGCCUUCAACGAAUGAAAAGUUACUUCAUGGAUGACGAACGUUACGAAUCUAAAGGUGAAGAAACGGAAUAUUACCCCGACUAUGAAAAUGCAGAAGAUAAUUUGGAUGAACACAUUAAAAUCUUCAAAAGUAAAUUUUUUGAAGAACAUAGUAACAUUAAAGCUGAUGUGUGUAAUGUACUUGAAAGCUUCACGUGGCUUCACGGAGAGUAUGGAACAGCUGGCCCAAACGAGAAGAUGCCAUUUCUUCACUUAUAUGUCAUGGUUGAUGAUAGUCAAGAAAAAUCGAAUGAAAUUAUAAAGCAAGAGAUUGAUGAAAAAUUUGGAUGGGAAGCUUCGAAAUACAUUGAUUUGCCACGCAAAGCUCCUAAAAAAGCAAAUUUUCGAUUGCUGUCUGAUUUUCGCGCUGCAAGAAAGGAUGAAGGCGGUAGUGAGGAAGCAAAUCAUGACGACAACUUCCAUAAACUUCUAGACAAAAGUAAGAAUAUUAAAGCUGACGUUCACAAGGCUCUCCAAAGUUGCUCGUGGCUUAGUGGGAAGUAUAUGGAUUAGCUCGCCGAAACAAGAAGAUGGCGGUUCCUCACUUAUAUGUCAUGGUUGAUGAUAGUCAAGAAAAAUCGAAUGAAAUUAUAAAGCAAGAGAUUGAUGGAAAAUUUGAAUGCGAAGCUUCAAAAUACAUUGAUUUGCCACGUAAAGCUCCUAAAAAAGCGCCUAAAAAAGCAAACAAGGACAGUGAGGUGCAACUUGGCCAUGGCCGCAAUGCGGUUUUACGGUUCGAUAAAGAAACAGACAUCAUGUUUAUUUCUUUUGGUGAAACAGUUUUCAACAGGUGCCUUAAAAAAUACAUGAAAAGUUUUCAAUUAAAUUUGAAAAAUGCAAAUGACGAGCUUUUUCGAAGAGUUGUUCGGGAAA